ACAUGGAAUAGGUUGGCGGAUUGCUGGAAGUAUUCUAUGGGUGCAAGAGAUUGUCGUGGUUUUUUCAUAUGGUGUGUCGUGUCGUAGUAUAUCAACCUGUGUCUAUCUCCGCCUAUGUCACAUUCUUUCGAUGCAAUAGAAGGUCGAUAUCAAUCUUUUACGUCCGAACCAUGUGUGCUGGAGAAGCAGAUACAAAUGAAUCAAUUUGGCGUCGGUAACGCUGCCAUUCGCUUAUCUUUUCUUGAAUACUACUGCAAAAAUGAGACUCCUCAUUUUCAAACAGACACAAGUAUCGAUGGCAGCAUAUUUUGCAUUAACGUAGGAAAUGAAAUACGCAUAUAUACACAGGAUCACGCGCAUUCUUCGAACGAGCGCAGAUUCUGUGGUGGUUCUCCAGCCCAUCUUAGAUUCAGAGCACCUUUAACAUCACAUUGCUUUAGACGUGCCACAGACAAAGUAAGAGACUCUCAGUUAUUGAUUGGAUUGGCCAAUGGUGAAAUAAAGUUGAUUGAUCCUCUCAAAGAAGACCCAAACAAAGUUUUCAAUGAAGGGAAGUCUGUCGAUGAAACUCCCGUAACUUGUGUCGGCUGGGUUCCUCAUUCACCUCACCAGUUCUUAGUCAGUCAUUCCAGUGGGUGUAUGUAUUUGUACGAUGAAACACUUGCACAGCUGUCAGCUCCAACAUAUAACCUAUUUAAACAAGGUAUUGGGUUUUCAGUACAUACCUGUAAGACGAAAUCUACAAGAAACCCAUUGUAUCGAUGGUCUUUGGGAAGUCCUAACACAUCAAAGUUGGAUAACACGAAACCACCGUCGAAAACUUCUGACCACGUUAAUGGAUUCGUUGCCAACAAAAUAUGUGAGACGCAAACCGAUUCGUUAAGUUGCGACUCAUCAGCUAUUAGCUCAUUGUUUGAUGAUAAUAAUGUUUCCAUCAAUCAGUUUGCAUUUUCUCCUUGUGGCCGUUUCCUUGCCAUCAUUACAGAAGAUGGUUACAUGAGGGUGAUGGAGUAUCAUGAGAUGGAGCUAUACGGGUUCAUGCGUUCAUACUUUGGUGGUUUACUUUGUGUAGACUGGUCUCCAGAUAGUUUAUUUAUUGUCACUGGGGGACAAGAUGACCUAGUAACGAUUUGGUCAGUUCUAGACAGAGCUGUUAUUUGUCGCUGUCAGGGCCACAAAUCUUGGGUUAGCAUGGUGCGCUUCGAUCCAUAUCUAUGCCCCACUAAUAAUGAUAUUUCUAAUGAUGACUCAGUAUCUGCCUCCUCACGUUCCCACUCACUUACAACGAACCAUGAAGAGUUGGACGAAAGUUCAGUUAUUAGAAAUUCACCUGUUACAGUUUGUGAAAGUAAUGACCUUAGAACUUACCGUCUUGGCUCAGUUGGGCAUGACACUAUGUUGUGUUUAUGGGAUCUGACAGAUGAUAUAAUUCGUCAAGGAGUUGCAUUUAUUCGUUCAGCAAUAAAAAAUUCAGACAACAGCUUCGGGAAUCUUACCUGUGAUACUACUUUUCCUCAUAUAACAAACUCUUCUGUUUUGAAUAUGACGUCUAGUUCUGUUUUGAGCUGUAAUACAUCUACAACUUUACCAUCUCCACAGUCAGGAAAUGGCUCAUCUACUUCUUCAACUGUUUCUUCUCCACAUAUUCACUCCACCCGACCUCCAGUCAAAUUGAGUGAUAGCCGUUUCUUGAAUAAACGCAAGAAUGUUGCCAGUCCCAUACCUUCAUCUGGUCCUUCGUCGAACGGGACAAACAGUAGCGGAUCCGAUAAAUCCAAAUCCAUUUUCCCACUUCGUGGUUUCCACUGGUCAAAUUCAAAUUCAAGUAAUCGAAUUAGUACAAGUGUUCGGUUUCCUCGUCUUGGUAAUUCAGAAAAGUUUAAUGGAUCUGCAACUAAUUCACUUAAAGCUUGUAACCUGAGUCGUUUAAGUGAAGUUAGAUGGAUGUUAUCAAUAGCUGAACAUAAUAUUUUCGGUUCUCCGCUGUGCCCUCGAAUCAGUGAUGUACCUAUACUUGAACCACUUGUAUGUACACGAAUCUUAAAGGAUCGAGUAACUGAUCUUGUCUUUCGUCGUGAUACGAUUCAUAUUGUGGAUCAGCAAGGCUUGUUUUUGGCAUGGCAAAGACCUGUAAGUUAUUUCUUAUGUAAUAAUGUUUAAUUUAUGUGAUUUUAUUUAUAAUUAUCACUCAGCACUUUAGUGAUUGUUUCAACGUCAUAUAUUCUCGCAAUUAUUCAAGACUGACAUGAGUAUAACACAAUAUGGUGUAAUUUGUUCAGUUUGAAUGAGAAAAAAAUAAAUUUAGAAUAUUCUUAAUUCAUUACAGUUCGGUCAAUUCAUUUCAAAAUGAAAUAAAUAUGUGGACAAUUGGUAUAUUUGCUAACCGAUAUCAAUAGAGAUGUUCCGUGAGGUAAAGAAUAUGGAAUUUUUAAUCCAGUUGGCUGAUACACAGCUGAAAUGAUAAAAACCAAAUGCAAUCUAAUAGGUGUAUCGAUUUAACAUAACGCUAUAUUUGAACAAUAUUUAAUAUCAGACUUAUAAAAUCACGUAUAAGUCUUCAGAAAAAUGUAUCAGUUCAAAUAGUAAGUAAUUUACAAAGAAUAAAUCCAUAAAAAUAGGGUGAUAUUGAAACGAAUAAAACCACUAAAUAAACCAUUUAACGGUAAGAAUUAAUUGUGAAUUAGUAUCAACGAGGUUGGAAAUAAUUCAUCAUAGUGGAUAUUGUUGAAGUGCUUAUAGUCAAACUACUGCAUAUCUGUUUGUGUAAAUAUUGAAGAAACUUGUCACUUUUUCAAAUUUCAAUAUAAUUUUAACUAUAUAAUUUGAUAGUACACUACUUUUUCAAUUGACUAAAAUUUAUCAUUUCAUAAUUCGUCAUCUUUAUACAGAUAACAUUCAUGUUAUGUAGACAAUAUUAGUUCAUAUUUAGUAUUCAUAUGUGCUAUCCAUACGCAUUUACUUAUUAUGUGUUAGAAAUAAAUUUUCUAUCAUGUGAAAGGGUCCUUAUUGUUAUUCACCUUGAAAUUUCAGGUUGAAGUGAAAGAAAAUACAUCGAUUAAUCAAAUACCACUAUGUCAUUCAAAUGAUUGGGAUUCAUCUGCCUCAACAUCUAAUAAAGUUUUUCAAUAAUAAAUAAACUUAAAUUGAGUUAUCAUUUAUUGUGUUAUACUGUGAUAUUUGUAUUACCAAUACACACACACAUACACAAAUAUAGGUCAUAAAAUGAUCUUUAUAAUUAUUAAACAUAUAUAUAUUUUCCACAACCAAUCAGUCAAUCCAAAAAAGAACAAAAAAGAAAAUUUCUCCCUGUUGAUGAAACCCAAUUCAUAUUAUUUUCAUUUCUUUUCGCUAAUGUGAAAAAGGGGAUUAAUGUGAUUAUAUUCAUAUUAGUCAAUUGUUUGUAAACAAAAUUAACUAUUUUUGCAUGUGUGUAGAUUAUGAAUAAGAAAAAUUCCACUGGUAUUAUGUAUAAUUAAGAGUAAAGUGAACAAAGAGAAAAACUUACGCAUAAAUUGUAUGAUUAUCUUUCAUAUCCGGUAUUUCCAUUCCUCAUCAUAAUAUAUAUACUACAGUUCGUACUAUUUAUUUGUUCAUCUUAUCCUCAAUUAUCUGGAAAAUGUUACAUGUACACGUACAUA